ACGAAGCGAUUUGCGGGAUGGUGCUCGUAGACGCAGUGCAGGAGCGCAUGCAGUUCGAGACGUGGCCGGACCCCAGCAUCGCGGCCGUCACCGCGGGUCUCGACUACAUGGAGGCCCUGGGGCUGGCGCAGGACCACCGACUGACCGCGCACGAGUGGGCGGAGCUGAUGGCCGAGGAAGGCAGCGCCCACCACGCCCACCACGCCCGCCAGGCCGCCCGCGAGCUGUCCUACCUCCAACCCAGCCGCGCCGUCCUGACCUGUAAGCGGCAGUUGGUUGCGGGUCGGGACCUGCUGCGCGGCCGCCCGCUCAGCGUGCUCUGCGGCCAUUCCCGCCGCGACCAGCAGCGCCUGUACGACCGCGGGGUGAGUCGGGGGGUUGGGCUCCGAGGCCCAGCGCGCCACCUUUCGCGAUUAUCUAGAGCGGUGGGACGCGAGCGAGGAGGCCUUCCAGCACGAACUGUUGAAUCUGUCGUCCCACCGCCCGGUUCUCGACCGCCGUCAACAGUGGCCAUUGUAUCUUGCUCACGGAGCCGGAGCCAGUGGCGGGGGAGAUCCGCUGGGUUCUGGGCCAAAUUCCAUCGGGGCCCGUCUGACAUCCUUGUUGGGUAUGUGUAUAUGGUGGUAUGUGAUGAGAGCGUUGCACCGCUCGACCAAAAGGUUGUCAAGACACUGAUCUAGCUGAUCGUGCGCUCCAAAGGAUCCCGAAUCCUGUUGUUAUGUGCUGUCCAAGCCCCUUGGUGUUAUGAGCGAUCCUUUCCCUCAGGGCUUUGGAGAUGAGCAGGAUCCCAAGAUCUUUUGUCUUGAAGAUAUAUC